UAGAUAAUCACUUCUCAAUCCUUCACUUUUACUUUACACUCUCUUGUCUUCUAAAUCAUAUCAUAUCAAACCAACCAAUCAGACCCUUAAUCAACAACAACAAGAAGAAACCGAACAUUAAUCGAUCCCAAUCCAUCUCAUCAACUUCAAAAAAAAAAAACAUGUUGGACUUCAUCUUAUCAUCUCUUCCAAUCUCAUCACUACUCUUCUUUUCCCUAUUCCCUACAACUAUAAAUGCUUCUCAUCUUCAAGUAGCCAACAACAACCAUCAUCAUCGUAACACUUUAAACAAACGUGGUGAUAGUUAUCAUGGUAGAGCUACGUUUUAUGCUACCGGUCUAGGUUCUUGCGGUGAUACCAAUACCGAUUCGGAUUAUAUUGUCGCACUCAAUCAGGCUCAGUAUGAUUCUUCUUGGUGCGGUAAGACGAUUACGAUUUCUUAUGGUGGAAAGUCUUGUCAAGCUACUGUUAAGGAUUUGUGUCCUGGUUGUCCUCCGGGUGGAUUGGAUAUGUCACCUAGUUUGUUCAAGUUCUUUGCAUCCGAAGACGUUGGUGUGUUCUACAUGUCAUGGUCCGUUGGAGGUGGAGGUGGAGGUGGAGAUGGAGGAGACAAACCUAAAGACAAACCAGCUCCAGUUUAUGUUCCACCACCUAAAGUCGAUCCACCAAAGGUAGAAGACAAACCUGAUCCACCAGCUAAAGUCGACCCACCUAAAGUGGAAGAGAAACCUGAUCCACCCAAAUCGGAUGACAAACCAGACUCGAAAGCCGGUCAAACUUCAUCACCAGUUCCUGUGCCCGUCUCACCUGUCAAUGUUCCUAAUUCGAGUCCUUGGAAUUUCAGUCAAUCCACUAGCUCGACCAAGACGGUCAACACAGGAAAAGUCGUUUCUACUAGUACAACUCCGAUCUCCUCUAGUACUGUGGCUAUGUCAAAAGGAUAUCUUCCUACAGUUUAUGGUCAAGUCGAAGUAGCCUCUGCCUAUGAUGUGGGUGGUAAUCUAGAGAUUGUUAGUCAACUUAUCAUCUCUUUUGGAUCACUUACUGCGGCUAGUGCUUCACAUGCGAUUGGUCAAUAGUCUUGAAAGGUUUUGGCUUGGAGAAUCGGGUUCUUUUCUUUUGGUUCGAUUCUCGGAAUUUAGGAAACUUUUUUUUCUCUCUUUCUUUCUCGCUUUCUCGCUUGUUGGUCUUCUUUUUGCUUCUUGCAUACUUUGCUGCUAGUCAUGCUACACCUUUUUUCUUUUUAUUGUUACUGGAGUAGGAUAAGUUUCUUUUUAUACUUUUUCAUCAUCGUUUUUUUUUUGAUUUGAUUUCUGUUGGUUUUUUUUUUGGGAGGAAGGGAUUUUUUCUUUUUUGGUAAGGUUUAUCAACUUACAAAAAGAAUAAAAAAGGAUUUUUUUAUUAUAUAUAUAUAACCACUAUUAUUUAUACCUUUAUUUUCUUUUUUUCUUUUUUUCUUUUUUUUGGUUGUUGUUGUUUUUGGAAACUUUUUCUUUAGUGUUGUUUUUUUUCUUUUUGAAUCUUCAUUUGUGAGACUUGAUUGAUUUUUCUUUGAUCUUUUGAUGAUCAAAAGGGUUUUUGGAUUAUUAUCACAAUGAAAAUUAAAGAAAAGAAUGAUACUUGAGAAUGAU